AUGGAGGAAUACUACCCCAGGGGGUCUCUAUCAUCCCCGACACGAUACAUUCAGAUUAUAAUCCAUGUUUCAGGUCUAGCUUGUUUCACCGCAUCGUUCGUUUGGCUCCCCAACAUCACAAACCCGCUGCAUAAUGGAUUUGGCGGCUCGUUCCAGUUCCUGACCAUAAUUGGCCUCGCCAUGUCCACCAUCACGUUUGGAGUUGGCAUCAUUACAGAUGUGACGCCCAAAACAGAGCUGCUGGCCCUGCGGGGGCUACUCUCCCUGUGUGCGACGUCGUUGGAGCUACUCAUCGGCGUCCUCUACUGGGGCUCUCGUGCCAUCGACAAGCGUCUCGUGGUCCCUCCAGGGCACGAGGUCCCGUUCAUUCCUGACAUUGGCUUUCACGCUGUACCGGCCAUCGCCCUAGUGCUGGAUUUUAUGACUCUAGGCCCUCCGUGGUUCAUCAGUGCCUCCCAGGCCCUGGGUCUUGGCUUGGUGAUGGCUUUUUCUUACUGGGCUUGGAUUGAAUACUGUUUCUCUAUCAACGGGUGGUGA